AUGUCUCGUUAUCGAGAAUGGGAUCUUUCUUGCAAAGUGUACGUGGGAAACUUAGGCACCAAUGCAUCCAAGUAUGAAAUUGAGAAGAUAUUUUCUAAAUAUGGUAGCAUCAGAAACGUAUGGGUUGCAAGGAAUCCGCCCGGUUUCGCGUUUGUCGAGUUCGAAGAUCCACGUGAUGCUGAAGAUGCAGUCAGAGGCUUAGAUGGAACGAGAUGCUGCGGUACAAGAAUAAGAGUGGAAAUGUCAAAUGGCAGAACACGACGGGACCGCAGGUCCAUUUUAUCAACCAACCACCAACACACCACAUCUCUUCACAACUACGGCUUUAUUUCCGCGACCGUCGCCACCAUCUGCGAACACAACCUACGCGCCGAAGCCUCCGCGAUCAGCGGCCCAAUUAUCCUCAUGACAGCUAUCACCUAA